AGGAAGAGCCAGCACAUCACCCCUGUUCCCUCUUUCCUUUCUGGAAGGCUAUGACUAUUAUUCCCCAAAAAAAAAGAGCCUGAACACUUUUGUCUACGCUUCUUCUUUGGGCUUUUGCUGCCUGCGCCGCCGUUUCUUUAUUUUUUUUUGUUUUGGCUUGGCUCUCUGCCCUCUCCCAGUUCCCCACACCCUCCACUUUUCGCAUUCCCGCUGACAAUGUUGAUUUCUAUUGUUAGUGAGCUGCGACUGCGCCGUCAGCUUCGUCGUCUCUCUUUCGCUUAGUUGUUUUGGAUUUUUGCUAAUUUGACCUUCACCUUAACCUAGUCAUUGUGUGUCGGACAUUCGGUCAUUUACCCCGCGCAAUUUCGCCAACCAAAGUCGAAAAGCUUCAAAUAAAUAAAAACGCGAGAGUGGGUGAGCGCGCGAGUGUGAGUAAUAGAGCCCCCUCUCUGGCUGCUUAGAAACGUAAGGCAAAAAAAGCCACUCCCACUUGUUUUCUCACUCAACUGUUUCUAUUCUCCGCUAGUUUCUAUUUGAGAGCUUUUGCUCUCUCUCUCUCUCUCUGCACUGGAAAACUAGCCAUGUAAGUUUCGAGUUCGCUGCUCUUGAGUCAAAAAAAAUGAAAAGACGUGGUGCGAAUAGUUUUGCGCUAGAUCGGCGCAUUCAUUUUCCAGCGUCGCUUAGUUAAGUUCGCAGAGAGGCGCACGCGGCUCGAAAUCAGAAUCGGAUCCCUCCACGGACUUGGAGUUGUUGCGACUGUUGCUUGUGGUUUUUUUUUGUAUCUCCUUAAACAGAAGGAAAGUAAGUGAGUUUGGUUUUUGUGCGCGUUUGUUUUCGUCAUCGGGGGCUUUGAACUGCGCCGAGCGUUCAACCGCCCUCUAGUGCGUUUCGUUUUGUUUCGGGCUUCGUGCAACUCCAAAGUGCCAAAGUGUUGCCAUUAUCGCCAGCGUUUUGCUUUGCCCGAUAAGUGUUCUUCCCCCGCCUCAUGCAGUGAGCCGCCCUCAGCCCUCGGCCCCUUCACCAAAGGGGCAAUCAGUUAUUGUCCCGCCGCCGCUCUAAUGAACGUUGAACUGCAAAUUGCAAAAGCGUACGAAAAUAAAAAACAAACGGCAAAAUUCGUUCUCUUUGGCAAGACAUCCGCGUCGCUGGGGUGCAUUCACCUCUGCUGUGCUCUAUCUUGUGGCUGCCUAUCGGGAGAUCAUCUAUGCGAUCACAGUCUGCAGUAUGGAAGAAGGGUAACCGACGACCAGGUAUCUUCACUUCGCAUAGGCUUUAUCACGUAAAGAAGGGCGUAAGAUCUUACUUGACAGAUCGCAGAUUACUCAUGCAGAUUUAAAAUGGAGGGAGAGGGAAAGAAUCGACCCAUCUCCGGUGCGGAAGCGCACGGUUUAGUCAUGCAUUUUGGAGCGGCCACGGCCGUGAUACGGCAGCCCGCGUUCUCCGGCGGAGAGUUUCUUCCGGUCCGCGGGCACGUGGGGAGAGCACUCUGUUAUUUGUCAGCUACAACGUAAGCCAAGAGUAGGCUAGCGUCGUUUGGUCUCUUUGACGCGACAGCUAAUAUCUCCGUACUUAAAUCACACGGCGGUCAAUCGGCAUUCGAGUUAUGCAACAAUUUCGGAAGCGAGCGCACCCAGCGACCUUUUAAGCGCGUCUGCCCCGCUCUAAGCCAUCACUUGCACUCUAGAGCUGCCCGCGUUCUCAGCCAAGGAUCUAUUCACGAAACAACUAGGAUACUAACUCUAGCAACCCAAAGUCAGUCCAUCAGAUGAGCCCAGGAUCACGUCAAGAAAUUAGUUCUCGCUGUAUUCCGAGUCAUCUGAAGUAGAGUGCCAAUCAUGACGCACUGCCUCUGGUCGACGUCCCUCGUCAUGCUGACCCUCCUGGCCCUGCUUUCCAUGGUGAGCAGUCGCUCGGUGCGCCAACUGCCGAAUGGAUAUCCGCCCUUGCUGCCAGCCGGAUACUACGGGCAGUCGCCCUACGCCUACACGCCCUACGGCUAUGGUUACCAAGCCCCACACUUUGCGAUCAAUCCUCCAGGCACUUACUACGAUAACGUUUACGGCAUCUACAAGACCUACCCGGGCGGUGGAUAUCCCGUGCGGUUCGAUUACAACAAUCGUUGCUCUCGGAACUACAUUGGCAUUAAGCCUCACCCAGAUCAGCAGCAGUACUAUUAUGUCUGUAAGCCCAACUGUGUUAUCUUUAGCAAGUGCCGCAAUCUUGAGAGUUUCAACUCGAGCAGUGGGCGGUGCGUACAGCACGUCCCACAACACAGACCGGACCACAUGCAGCCACAGUGUCAGAAGGAGGGGCGCUUCCCGCACCCUCACGAUUGCAAAGUUUACUACAGGUGCGAUAAAAACCGGACGCACCCUUGGCUUUUCGCCUGCCCCGAGGACACCAUCUUCUCGCCCGUGGAGCGGAAGUGUCUGCCCGGCGAUCAGUGCCCCUCGACGGAAAUCUCGGAGAGUGGCAGCUAUAUACCGCAGAACUGCGAGAUCAAGUUCCCCGAGUGCGCCGAGGAGGGCACCUUUCGCUCGCCGACGGACUGCGCGCUCUACUACACAUGUCGAUUGCAAGAAAGCGGUACCUAUCUGCAAACGCGCUUUAAGUGCCCUGGCAGCAACAGUUUUGACCUCGAGCGAAAGCUAUGUCGUCCCCGCAAUGAAGUUGACUGCGUGGAUUAUGUCUCUGGACAUGUUCCGGUACCUUACCAUGCCCCACAGGCAUACUAUCCACCCUACCCAGCUGCACCGCUUUACGAAGAGGACGACUACGAUACGGAAGCCAGGGAACAGCAGCCUGCUAUUCAGUCCGGGAAAGACCCUCUGUUUGAAAGACCCUCUGUUAAAAUUGUCGUUCUGCCCACCACGCCAGCCACCACUACUUCAAAGCGCACUGCCGUUUACCCCUCAUAUGAACACACUUUACACCACAGUGGUAAAGAACCGUCACUAGGGAGCCGAAAGGUUCAGGCGAAUGACGACUCGCUCAGAAGUAAGCUUUCAAAGAAUAUUGUCGUCAUGCCCACCACAUCAGAGACUACAACAAUCAAGAGUGAGCUUUCAACGGAUACCACUAAAUAUCAAUACAAAAGGUACACUUAUGCAACAGCCAAAGACUUUGUAACUGAGACUCCGCAACACAAAGAAGAGCCAAAGGACUUCCACCUAUCAAAAAAUAUAGUCAUUUUGCCGACUACGACUACAACAACUACUACAAAACCAAUAGCUUCUACAUGCCCCACUUUUCCGACGCCAAGUACAACUCAAAAAUCGAGCACAACUAAGCCAAAAACUAGUACAGUGACAGAUACAACCAUUAAGCCUACGACAACUCUGAAAACAAGCACUACUCAAAAACAAACUACGACGACACCGAAAACAACAACGACCCAGAUAUCAACGGUGGAUCCUAAGACAACAACAACUGCUUCUACGACGACAACAACGACGCAGAAAUCGACAAAGACUCCGAAAACAUCCACAGUUACAACAUCUUCUCAGCAACCAAAAAAAACCACUCUUAAAACAUCAACAGUAACUACGACCACUCAAAAGCCAAAAACUACUAGUGCAAAACCAAACACAACGACCCAAAAAUCAACGACAAAUACGAAGACAAGUACCGUGGCAAGCACUACGCAACAGACAACUUCUACAUUAACUACAACCACUCCAAAACGAACAACUACUACCCUUAAACCUAUCACAACAACUUUGAAGACGACAACAGUGACCACUACUACUCAAAAACCAAUAACAACCACACUGACAAGCACUUCAGUAACCACGUCAACUCAAAAGCCAACAACUGAUACUCCUAAACCGACAACAACGACCCAGAAAUCAACAACGAGUCAGAAACCAACUGCAGUGACAACUACUACUCAACAACCAAUAACGAACACAACGACCCAAAAAUCAACAACGAAGACAAGUACAGUGACAAGCACCACGCAACAGCCAACUUCUACAGUAAUUACAAACACUUCCACAACAACUCCGAAGACAACAAUAGUGACAACAACGACUCAAAAACCAACAACGACCACACUGAAAAGCACUUCAGUAACCACGUCAACUCAAAAGCCAACAACUGAUACUCCUAAACCGACAAAAACGACCCAGAAAUCAACAACGAGUCAGAAAACAACUGCAGUGACAACUACUACUCAACAACCAAUAACGAGCUCUCUGAAAACCUCAACAGUAACUACAACCACUCGAAAACCAAAAACUACUACUACAAAACCGAACAGCACGACCCAAAAAUCAGCAACGACUCCAAAAACAAGUACAGGGACAAGCACUACGCAACAGUCAACAUCUACAGUAACCACAACCACUCUAAAGCCAAUUACAAAUACCCUUAAACCCACCACAACAAGUCUAAAGACGACAACAGUGACCACUACUACUCAAAACCCAAUAACAACCACACUAAAUACCUCUACAGAAACUACAACCACUCAAAACCCAACAACUGAUACUCCUAAACAGACAACAACGACCCUGAAAUCAACGAGUCCGAAAACAACCACAGUGACAGUUACUACUCAACAACCAAGAACAAGCUCCCUGAAAACGUCUACAGUAACUACGACCACUCGAGAGCCAAAAACUACAAAUGCAAAACCGAACACAACGACCCAGAAAUCAACAACGACUCCAAAGACAAGUACAGCAACAAGAACUACGAAACAGACAAAAUCUACAGUAACUACAACCACAUUUGAGCCAUCAACUACAAAUGCAAAACCGAACACAACGACCCAGAAAUCAACAACGACUCCAAAGACAAGUACAGCAACAAGCACUACGCAACAGACAACUUCUACAUUAACUACAACCACUCCAAAACGAACAACUACUACCCUUAAACCUAUCACAACAACUCCGAAGACGACAUCAGUGGCAACUACAACUCAAAAACCAAUUACGACCACACUAAAAAGCACUUCAGUAACUACAACCACCCAAAAGCCAACCACUUCUAAGCCAACGACCGACGAUUUGACAACAACUCCGAAAUUAACAACAAGCACACAUAAACCGAACACCACCACUCGGAAAUCGACAUCAGUUACCGCAACAACCACAAGUAUCGAGACCUCGAGAAGUCCAACUACGCAAAACUCCACCACAACAGAGUUGACUACUGUAACAAGACCGCACUGUUCCGAUCCUGACUCCACCUCAGACAAUAACACAAAUCCUGCGUGCACACAAGAACUCCAACAAGUAAAACAACAUAAACUACAUUUGCCACAACAUCAAGAAGAGCAUAUUCACACACAAACCAACAUUGAACCAACUGAAAGUAGGACUAUUUUGGGAGGGCGGGAUGAGUCAGACUACUUGGACGAUGCACCAUCUUCCGCGAGUGGGGAAUCAAGACAGGAAACGUCAGCGAAGGCUACGACCAUGUCCACGCUGGCUGCGGCCCACAUACUGCGGAAGUUGUUCCACGUUAUCUCCACCACUCCAUCGAGCAGGGAGAAAGCUCCCAGGCAGCGCCCGCCCAACGUAACCCUUGCUCAAAUGGCCAGGCACAACCUGGCCACCUCAAAGCCUUUCAUCGCUCACUCCCUGCGACUUUCCAUCCAGCAACUGACCUCCACACAGAAGCGCUCCAUUCAACCCAAGGCUCUCGUCGCACUGAACUCCACCAAAAAGGAGCCGGCGGACUAUGAGUACUACGAGAGCAAAACAGCGGAGCAGUACGCCGACGAGGAGAAUGAAGUGCUGCCGAGAACCCAGCCGAGAGCCACAUCCAGCAGUCCCAGUCCAGUCCCGUCCACGACUACUGAGCGGGAGCUUCAUGAGACAAGUUCCGCACCAAGCCAGUCGAAGGCAAUUUUAAUUUCCUCCACAACAGCUCAGCCGUUUCAGGCGACGACGGUCGACUUGGAGUACAGAGACAACUCUGGGGACUCUGAAUAUGUCAACAAUGAUUACCCGAAUGCUAGCCACGUCUCCGAGAAUCAGAUUCCGGGCGGAGUAAACAGCCUAGAGGCAAGAAAGAGUUUUUUGCUGAGCCUGCUUAAAGAACGAUUGACUCGGACAAAAGCGCAGAAGCCAUUGGAAACUACUACCAAAGCUGAUUCCCUGACAUCCAGCACCAGUGCAAGACCGAGCUCCAUCAGAAUUUCAAGCACGAGUACAACCACAACGCCUAGAAUGAGCAGGAGUACGCAAUCACCCCCAAAGCAACCAACUAGGACGGUGCAGCUGCCAGCAAAACACUCCGUUCACCUGAGCCGGGAAUACUAUGAUGAUGAUGAUAAUGAAUACGAAUAUAUGGAAGAAGAUCCCAGUGCCCUUUCUAAUACCGCGAAGAAAGACCAGGGCAAAGACAGAGGCAAUGUUGCCAAAAAGUCACUUACAACAACAGCAAAGCGUCACAUCGUUCUCCCACUGAAACAGAAGCGGAUGGAAACUGAAUUAGCAACCUUAAAUGCGGAAAGCGUGCCUUCAAAAACCGCUUCUGACGGGCUUAUGUUCAAAGGACUUGCAAUCAGAAAAAGUCAGUUUACCACUAAAAGUUCUCUGAAGCGGCUACCAGGAACUGAGAGUGUAAAUAGCCUUGCUAAUAACAGACCAAUUCUUGACAUAGUUGGGCACUCUUCGAGGCUUACUAUUACACCCACAUUAACUCCAACAUCGAGUUUAACAACAAUUAAGUCAAAAAUGCAAACCACAAUGCCAAGUAGAAUACAAAGACCUGCUUUUAACGCAUCUACUGAAUCAUCCUUUCCAACCCUAUCAUCAACAUUUACAGAACCAUUAACGACACUACAAAACAGGCAAAAGUUAAGAGAAGGAGAAAAGCACGAGAGUAAACUAGAAAUAAUCACACCGACGACCUCAGAAACACUUCCGACUGCAAGCGGAUUUGCAGCAGUCGCAACAUCAUCAGCAAUAGUUCAAAGCCAGAAAAUGCUGUCAGUGAACAGCAGGCCUUGGUUACUGACGGCCAUCAACCAAACCGUUCACAUAACACCCAUAUCUUCCAUUGCCGCUCGAGCGCCGAGCAACCCAGUGAACCAAGUUAACCGUUCGUUCAACCCACUAGUGUCCAGCCCCGAGGACUAUUCCACCGAGAAGGUGCCGCAGCUCAUCGUAAAGGUGUACGAGCCCAUUGACCUGAAAAUCGUCUUCUGCCCGAAGUCCUGCGACCAGUCCCAUGACCACAAAUACGACCCAGCUGAUAAUUAUAAGAAAUCAAACUGCACUGGAGACUGCGACGAGGAGGAGGAGCGGGUGCACAAGCAUGUCGACAUCCAGUGGAAGCCACAAGAACUGGGCGAAAUCGCUGCCUUCCGCAAUACAGCAUAGAGAUGUGACCACAUUAAUAUUAACCACAAAAAUAGCCGUAGUCCGAUAACUUUUACCUAGUACCUAA